GGGGCGCGCUGGGCAGAAUACGCAUGCGCCGAGUGGAAGUUCCGGGUUACCGGAAGCGGAAGCGCGUCUGGGUCGCCGCUGAGGGAGGCAUGGCGGGUCUCGGGGCGCUGGGCCCCGUCAGCGACGGUGGGGGAGAAGCGGCCCCGGGGCUGUUCCGCCCAUUUAGCGCCGAGGACGAGGAGCAGUUGCCGGCCGAGAUCGAGUCCCUCUGCAUGGCCUGUCACUCCAACGGAGUGACUCGGUUGUUGCUGACUAAGAUCCCAUUCUUCAAAGAGAUUAUUGUCAGUUCCUUCACUUGCAGUAGCUGCAGCUGGACCAACUCAGAGAUCCAGUCUGCUGGCCGGAUCCAGGAUCAAGGAGUGUGCUAUACGCUGACUGUGCAGUCCAAGCAGGAUAUGAAUAGGGAAGUGGUGAAGACUGACUGUGCCACAGCUAGAGUCCCCGAGCUAGACUUUGAAAUCCCUGCUUUUUCUCAGAAGGGAGCUCUUACCACCAUUGAAGGGUUAAUUGACAGAGCCAUUGACGGCUUGGAGCAGGACCAGCCAAUCCGCAGGGAAACUAACCCAGAUGUGGGAGUGAAGAUUGAUGAAUUCAUCUCUAAGCUGAAGCAUUUGAAAGAAGUGGCUUCAGCCUUCACGUUUGUCCUAGAUGACCCCUCGGGUAAUAGCUUUGUGGAGAACCCUCAUGCCCCACAGAGGGAUGAAGCCCUGAUGGUUGCCCACUACAGGAGGACGGCUCAGCAGUCGGCUCUGCUUGGAAUCCAGGAAGAGGAGUCCAAUGAGGACUUGACUGAUUCUGUGGAUGACCUGCGGAAUGAAGUGCUGCAGUUUGCCACAAACUGUCCAGAGUGCAAUGCUUCUGCCACUACAAAUAUGAAGCUGGUGCAAAUUCCCCAUUUCAAAGAAGUAAUUAUCAUGGCUACCAACUGUGAUACCUGUGGACACAGAACAAAUGAGGUUAAGUCUGGAGGGGCCAUAGAGCUAUUGGGGACCAAGAUAACCCUUCAUGUGACGGACCUGUCAGACAUGAUAAGAGACGUGCUAAAGUCUGAAACAUGCAGGGUGGAGAUUCCAGAGCUGGAGUUUGAACUAGGAAUGGGAGUGCUGGGUGGGAAAUUCACGACUCUGGAGGGAUUGCUGAAGGAUAUCCAGACUCUGGUAGAGAAGAACCCCUUCACCCUGGGGGACAGCUCGGCCCCUGACAGAGCAGAAAAACUCCACACAUUUGUCAGGAAGCUGCAAGAGAUCAUGGAUGGGCAACUGAGGAUACAUUUUGUCCUGGAUGACCCUGCGGGAAACAGUUACCUCCAGAAUGUGUACGCUCCUGAAGAAGACCCAGAGAUGCAAGUGGAGCGCUAUGAGCGACUGUUUGAGCAGAAUGAGGAACUGGGCCUUAACGACAUGAGAACAGAGAGCUACGAGGCAGACGGCUCUUCCACACGGUAGCAGUGCCCUAGAGGCCGAGGACAGUGUUAUUCAGAAAAAACUGAACUCUUCCACUUGCCUGGCAAAUGUGGCUCUUUGGGGAAGGAGCAGCCUGUGCUUCUCUGGAUGGAAUCUGACCCACAGAAAACUGCCAGCAGGGCCUGUCCAUAUAAAAAGCUAAAGCAUUGCUUAGUUUGAGGCUGAUUUUAUGUUGUGGGAUGGGGUUUUCUUUUUCACCCGAACAGCAUAAGCCAUCUUCAGCUUAAUUUGGCCACCUGUGGCAGACAUCCACGUGCGUUGUUCUUCAGGAUGUUCAGCACUUGAUUCUGCAUUGGGUGCUGCUCCUCUGUGCAUGAGUAGUGGCUUGAAUUUCCACUAAUGGAUGCUGCGUUGACACCUCCCUCCCUCCCCCCUCCCUGCCCCUUCCCUUGCAGGUUUUUGUCUUUUUCCUUCUGUUAACUCUGGAGCAAUAAAAGUGAGGUGUACUAAUA